AUGGCAUCUAAUCUGCCAGCCCAGCCAAAUCUCCGGGUCACGAUUAUCGCGGCAGACGGUCUUUACAAGCGUGAUGUUUUCCGUUUCCCCGAUCCUUUCGCUGUGGCCACUGUGGGCGGCGAGCAAACCCAUACCACCUCGGUGAUUAAAAAGACUUUGAAUCCGUACUGGAAUGAACCGUUCGACCUGCGAGUCAACGAAGACAGUAUUCUCGCAAUCCAAAUUUUCGACCAGAAGAAGUUCAAAAAGAAGGAUCAGGGAUUCCUGGGCGUGAUCAAUGUGCGCAUCGGCGAUGUCAUUGAUCUUUCGAUGGGUGGUGAUGAGAUGCUCACUCGCGACCUUAAAAAAUCGAACGAUAACCUUGUCGUUCAUGGCAAACUGAUUAUCAAUUUGUCGACGAACCUCGCUGCCCCGGCCCAGAACCAGGCGAAUGGUCUCCAACGUCAGCAUGCGCAGUCCUCUACGUCCAGUGGCCUCGUCCCACAAGUCGCGGCAUCGACGGCGACGCCGCAGGCCGGCCCGAGCCUCCUUGACAUGUCGCCUGCUGCUGCGUCCAGCUCUUCGCUCAACAACCGGACUCCUUCAAGUCAACCCCCUCCCCCGGUCCCUAACGGGACCGCUCCCCCUGGUGCCAAUGUCCCGUCGCGCGCCAAUUUGAGUUCGUUUGAGGACAGUCAGGGCCGAUUACCUGCGGGCUGGGAACGUCGGGAGGAUAACUUGGGACGGACGUACUAUGUGGACCAUAAUACACGUACGACGACCUGGUCGCGGCCGUCGGCUAACUACAAUGAACAUACCCAACGCACUCAGCGCGAAGCCAACAUGCAGCUAGAGCGUCGGGCUCACCAGAGCCGAAUGCUGCCGGAAGACCGAACUGGCGCCAUCACCGGGCUCUGGGGGUCCUCCCCCGUGGCGACCGCAGCGGGUGGUUCUAGCGGCACGGGAUCUCAUGCCAACGCGGUUUCCAUGAUGGCAACGGGAGCGACCACUGCAGGCACUGGAGAGCUUCCGCCAGGCUGGGAACAAAGGCAUACCCCCGAAGGACGAUCCUACUUCGUGGAUCAUAACACUCGUACCACGACUUGGGUCGACCCCCGCAGACAACAGUACAUCCGUAUGUACGGCCAGAAUCAGAACCAGGGCGGGAACAACACCACCAUCCAACAACAGCCAGUCUCUCAGCUUGGACCGUUGCCGAGCGGCUGGGAAAUGCGUCUUACCAACACCGCUCGGGUGUACUUUGUGGAUCACAACACGAAGACCACUACCUGGGAUGAUCCUCGACUACCUUCGUCCUUGGAUCAGGGAGUGCCACAGUACAAGCGUGACUUCCGUCGCAAGUUGAUCUACUUCCGCUCGCAGCCCGCGCUGCGGAUCAUGUCCGGACAGUGCCACGUCAAGGUCCGCCGCAAUAAUAUCUUUGAAGAUUCGUACGCCGAGAUCAUGCGGCAGAGCGCGUCUGAUCUGAAGAAGCGCUUGAUGAUUAAGUUCGACGGUGAAGACGGUUUGGACUACGGUGGUCUUUCUCGUGAAUUUUUCUUCCUUCUCUCCCACGAAAUGUUCAAUCCCUUCUACUGUCUCUUCGAAUACUCCGCCCACGAUAAUUAUACCCUGCAAAUUAAUCCCCACUCUGGCGUCAACCCCGAGCAUCUGAACUACUUCAAGUUCAUCGGCCGAGUAGUCGGUCUGGCGAUUUUCCAUCGCCGCUUCCUGGACUCCUUCUUCAUCGGAGCCUUUUACAAGAUGAUGUUGCGGAAGAAGGUGACUCUUCAAGAUAUGGAGGGUGUCGAUGAGGACUUACAUCGCAACUUAGCGUGGACUCUGGAUAAUGAUAUUGAAGGCAUUGUCGAGCUUACUUUCUCUGUUGAUGAUGAGAAGUUUGGGGAGCGUCGCACUAUUGAUUUGAAACCUGGUGGCCGGGACAUCAAUGUCACCAACGAGAACAAGGCAGAGUACAUCGAAUUGGUUACAGAGUGGAAGAUUGUCAAGCGGGUGGAGGAGCAGUUCGAUGCAUUCAUGUCCGGAUUCAACGAGUUGAUUCCGCCAGAUUUGGUCAACGUCUUCGACGAGCGCGAGUUGGAGCUACUUAUUGGUGGUAUUGCCGACAUCGACGUCGACGACUGGAAGAAGCACACCGACUACCGCGGCUACCAGGAGCAGGAUGAAGUUAUCCAAAACUUCUGGAAGAUUGUCCGCAGCUGGGAUGCCGAGCAGAAGUCGCGUCUGCUCCAGUUUACUACUGGUACUUCGCGUAUUCCUGUCAAUGGAUUCAAGGAUCUGCAGGGCUCAGAUGGACCUAGACGGUUUACGAUCGAGAAGUCAGGUGAUCCUGCAGCCUUGCCGAAGUCUCACACCUGCUUCAACCGUCUCGAUCUGCCGCCGUACAAAACCCACGACGCCCUGGAGCACAAGAUGUCCAUCGCGGUGGAGGAAACGCUCGGAUUCGGACAGGAAUAG